AUGGAUCGUCCCGGCUUCAUUGAGACCCCCGGCGGCCGUCGUGCCACCCGCAACAGUUCUGUCUUCGAGGGUAUCGAGCAUGAGGUUGCCCCCUCCCCCUCCCUAGAGAGUUCCAAGACCACCUCCCGUCGUCGUACUUCAGCCAAAGUCAAGACUGAAGAGGAUGAUACGCCGGUAAAGUUCACGACCAAUGGUAAGGCUGCCACUCCUAAGUCCAAGUCCGCAUCGCGCGUGGUGGACGGUUGGGAGGAAGGCCUCGAUCCCAAGGUGGAUUACAGCGGACACUUUGAAUUCGGUGGCUCUUUGGGAGUGCUGUCCAUGAUGAUCGGAUUCCCCAUGCUCAUGUACUACAUGUGGAUUGGUGCCACUUACUACGACGGCAAGUUCCCUCGUCCCGCGGAGAACGAGAGUUACGGCGACUUUUUCGCACACUUGGUCAAUCUGGUCUACACCGGUGCUUUCCCAUCGGUUAAGGCAUGGACUAUCUACUGGGUUUUCUUCAUCUUUGAGGGUGCCUGUUACGUGCUUCUUCCCGGUGUGAGCGUUACGGGCCGACCUCUGCCACAUAUGGGUGGCAAGCAGCUGCCAUACUACUGCUCUGGUGUGUGGUCUUUCUACACCAGCAUUGCAUUGGCACUGAUUGCCCACGUAACUGGGAUUUUCAAGCUUUACACCAUCAUUGAUGAGUUCGGCCCCUUGCUCACCGUUGCCAUCCUGUCUGGAUACAUCGUCUCUUUCAUUGCCUACUUCUCGGCUUUGGCGCGUGGCGCAGAGCACCGUAUGACCGGCUACCCGAUCUAUGACUUCUUCAUGGGUGCCGAGCUCAACCCCCCGCAUGUUCAAGAUCCUCGACUUCAAGAUGUUUUUCGAGGUCCGCCUGCCCUGUUGUAUGGUUAUGUGUCCGGCGAGGUUAUGUUCCUUGUCAUGGCUCAUUACCUUUACGCCAAUGCCUGCUCCAAGGGUGAGGAGUGCAUUGUUUCCACCUGGGAUAUGUACUACGAGAAGUGGGGCUUCAUGCUGAUCUUCUGGAACUUGGCCGGUGUGCCUCUGAGCUACUGCCACUGCACAAUUUACCUCGCCAACCACGACCCUGCUGAAUACCGGUGGAACCGCUACUUCCUUGCCUUCCUCUUCGUCGCCUACCUGUUCGUCUACUGGGUGUGGGAUACCACGAACAGCCAGAAGAACCGUUUCCGCCAGCAGGAGCGUGGUACCAUGGUGUCCCGCAACACCUUCCCUCAGCUUCCUUGGCAGACGGUGAAGAACCCCAAGACUCUUACUGCGCCUGAUGGCUCAAAGAUUCUUGUAGAUGGGUGGUAUGGCAAGGCCCGCAAGAUCCACUACACGUGCGAUCUUUACUUCGCUCUGAACUGGGGUUUGAUUACCGGAUUCUCAAGCCCGUUCCCUUGGUUCUAUCCUGUCUUCUUCGCUUGCAUGAUCAGCCACCGUGCCCUUCGUGACAUCCAGCGUUGUCGCACCAAGUACGGCGAGACUUGGCUCGAAUACGAACGCCAGGUGCCUUACCUGUUCAUUCCUUACGUCUUCUAA